UCAGUAAGGCCAAAACCUGCCGGUUCGACCGAGUUCUCUGGGAUAAACUUUUAUUUCCUAAGUUAACCGCUCCGAGAAAGAAGCUCUUAUCUUACUACACACAUCGAAUUUCAACACCGAAAAACCCAUCUAGUUAAGUAUGAAAAAACUGCGCGGGAAACCUUGAGUGAUUUGUCUCUUGACCAUCGUAACAAGCAAUCCAGUUUAUCCAGUAUACAGGUUAAAACAUGGACGAUAACUUCUGAUCCGUUUCCUGACACUAUUUCUGCCUUCGUUAAAUUAUAUAAAACCAUACUAUAUUCAACAUGAAGUGCACCAUACCAGAAAUAUCGUGGCACAAUCGCGAUCCAGUUUUAAGUGUUGAUAUACAAACGAAAACAAGUGAAAAUUCAGUAGGCAACAUUAUUUGGCGUUUGGCUACCGGUGGCUCUGAUUCACACGUUCUUAUAUGGCACAUUACAAUUGAUGAAAAUGAUGAAGCAUCAACAUCGUGUGUAGCAGACCUAGAGCGUCAUCAGAAAGCUGUAAAUGUUGUGAGGUUUUCACCAUCCGGGGAAGUCCUUGCUUCUGGAGAUGAUGAAUCAUCUAUAAUUCUGUGGAAACAAAAAAACGAUUUCCGUCUGCCACCUCUUCCGGGUGAGAAAAAUCUCAACAAAGAACAAUGGAACUCGUGGAAAGUACUGAGAGGUCAUCUCGAAGAUGUAUACGAUUUAAAUUGGUCUCCGGAUUCGAAUUUCCUUAUUUCGGGAUCGGUUGACAACACUGCUAUCGUUUGGGACGUUGCUAAAGGUCGCAGUCUCAAAAUUUUACAGGAUUACAAGGGAUUUGUACAGGGAGUCGCUUGGGAUCCUCAAAAUCGUUAUAUUUGCACAUUGAGCACAGACAGGCACUGUCGACUGGUGGAUGUAAAAACAUUGAAAACAGUUCAAAAAGUGCACAAAGCAAAAUUACCAACGCCGCCAGAUCAUCCAUUAAAAGGAAAAUUCGUUCGAUUGUUCCACGACGACACGUUAAAAUCGUUCGUCAGACGAUUGACUUUCACAAUCGAUGGAUCCCUCAUAAUUGCACCUUCAGGGAUAAUCGAGACUCAAGAAUCAUCCGAAAAAAUGGCCAACGCGACAAUAGUAUUCACGAGGAAAAAUUUGAAAGAGCCGGUUAUGGUUUUACCUUCUUUGGAUGCAUCUACCGUCGCUGUUCGAUGUUGCCCAAUUUACUUUGAGCUCCGAGCCGAUGGACCAACUCCAAUGUUCAGCUUGCCGUACAGAAUGGUUUUUGCGGUUGCUACAUUGUACUCGGUCAUGCUGUAUGACACUCAGCAAAUUGCACCGAUAGCCAUUAUUUCAAAUAUUCAUUACACGAGAUUGACCGAUCUUGCCUGGUCUUCUGAUGGUAAACUUUUGGUGAUAUCAUCAACCGAUGGAUACUGUUCGAUCGUACAUUUCGAAGACGGAGAACUAGGCAAAGUUUUCAAAAACAGCAAAGACAAACCGAAGGAUGAGUCCUCGAGCGCAGAAGUCAAAGAGGGUACUGAUGAAUCAAUUAUUGAAAAGUCUGAGAAAAAAGCUGAAAAAUUGCCGGACGUUUUAGUCGAGUUGGACAACGAUGCAAUGGACUUUGAUAUAAAAAAAUGUAAGCCAACCCUCUUCAAUGAAGGAGAAAAAGAAAUUGUUGAAGAAUAUGUUAAUGAGGACCAGAAAAUUGAUCAAGACAGCCAGGACAUUCAACUCAUUUAUACUGAAACGAAUGACACGGAGAUGGGAACAAAAAAUACGAAAGUUCAUGAAAAAGAUAUAGAAAGUUCAGAAAUUAAAGCGAAAAAUGUUGAAACUAACGUAGAAAAUAUGGAAACUGACGCAAAAAAUAUCGAAAUUCCUGAAAACGUGGCAAGUUCUCCGAAAGCAGAACCCAGAGCAGUUUUAACGGUCAAAACCCCUCGUAGAGUAAAAUUAAUAACGAUAUCGAGCCCCAAAAGAAGAAAAAACGACUGAGAAUACAAUUAUUUUGAAAAGAGUAUAUUUUUCCGAUUAAAAAACAAUGUUUCUGUACAAAUAUAUUCACAGAUAUGUUCUUCUGAAAAACUUCUUCUUGUCCACCGGAUUUGGAAUAAUCUGCAAAAAGAUAAUUCUUUUAAAAGGCAUGUUUCUAGAUAAUAAACUUUAAUUUUUUAUAAACAAUUAAAAACAGCAACAUCUUGAGUCUAUCGCAAAUGUGACUUUGAAGUGAUGUGAAUUCCUUAAAAUUUUUACGAUUCUACGAGCUACUUAUAACUGCCUUAAAAUAUAUUUUUAAUCAAUCUACUAAA